UCGCCAUUUUCCAUCCUGAGUAAACCGAGAAUCAGCAUUGCCGGACAUCGCUCUUUUUGCCGAAAUGGCAGUGUAAACGUGUGCCGCGACCCAGCAGCAGCCAACAAAACAGUGCAUCCAACCAGUGCACUGAGUUACUUCUACUUAAUCAACAUGUCGUCCUACGUGGAAACCCUCAGCACUGCUGCAUUCGACAGCAUAAAAGAGUUCGACGCUUUCCUAGCAUCGUCACAUUCUCCAUUUGUGACCAACAACAGCCACUAUGACCAUGAUGAUGACAAACUCACAGUUUGGCCUGGAAGACAUGGAGGCCCUUCUCUGGGAGCCUUCCUCUCCCAUGGCUGACGCCAUAGGCUCCAUGUUAUUACACCCUGACCAAGAAGAACAACACGAAGGAGGAGGGUCCUCAAUGGAGGGGGCCACAUCACCUGUGUCAUCCCUCACCUCCUCAUCGCUGUCUUCUUCCUCUCCUCCUCCCUUCUACUCACCUCCUCCCUCACCACCGGCCGUCCUCCUCCAUGGGGACAAAGUCGGGACUGAGUCUGAAUUGCUCUCCCUCCCCUGGUUGGGCCACUCCGAUCAGCUGAGAUGUACCCAGACAGUCUCAGAUUGUGGCAAAGAGGAUGCGUUUGUUGACCUGGACUGGAUGGCCGAAAGGAUGGAUCUGAGCGAGUUUGACCUGGACUCCCUGAUUGGCUCAUGCAGUCCUGCUGAAGAGUCCCCCAGUUCACCAGAAGACCUCCUGGCCUCCCUGGAUUGCCCCAUGGAGCUUGACUCCCUGCCAAUACCUGCUCUCUCAACUCCUGCACUCUCAAGUCUUCCCACUGCUUCUCCUCCAAGUAUUCUUCCUGUCACCCUUCCCUCAGUCUGUUCAGAUCCUCCUGCCAUUCCAGCUGUUGAGCCUGCAUCCCACAUUGAUGGGCAGGAGGUCCCUUCCCCUUCCCUGUGUGUCCCAGAGCCACAAGAGGAGUUGGAAAUCAAAUCUGAGCCUGCCUCCCCUGGCCCCUCUUCCCAUUUGGUUGACUCUCCCUCCUCCCCAGUCUAUACCUUGGACCUGGGCAGUGAAGUGGAUGUCUCGGAGAGUGAGGUGAAGCCAGUGGUAGCUUCUGUGGUCCCUCAGGUCCCGAGGCUCGUACUCUCCCUAUCACCAACCCGUAUUGUCCUGGUUCUGGCUCCCAAAAAUGAAAUUGGGAUCACCACCACCACUGUAACCACCACUUCAGAGGUCAUUCACUCCUCUCCUCCAGCCUCCCCUCCACCAAGUUCCUCCAGAAGCAGACCAUACCCCGAGCCCAAAUAUAAAGCCAGCUUAGUCUCCCCCAGUGCCACCAGUGUCAAAGUAAAGACCCUCCCAGGUGCAGGUGGAGAGGAAAGGACAUCUUUGAAGGUGGUAAAGAACAAGAAACUUAAGAAGAUGGAGCAGAAUAAGACAGCUGCCACUCGUUACCGGCAGAAGAAGAGAGCUGAGCAGGAAUCGCUUUUGUCAGAGCAUGAAGUCCUGGAGAGGAAGAACAUGGAGCUGACUGAGAAGGCUGAAUCCAUGGCUAGGGAGAUUGAGUACCUUAAAGAGCUGAUGGCAGAGGUGCGCACGGCCAGGACCAAAAAAGGUCUUAGUGCUGACCCCUAGUGGUUGAACCGAACAAUGACAGAUAAUGUGUGUGAGAAGAAGUGGAUGAUGGAGAAAGGGGUUCAUCAGUGUACUAUGUGUUCUGUCCACACAGCUUGUCAUCGAUGCACAUCCCAGUAAAACCAAUGUUUGUCAACAUAUUUCCUUUUGUAAUAUCUAACACUGGUAUUAAAUAUAGAGUAUAGUCACGCUCAGUAGUUUUAUGGGAACAAGUAUUUUCCAUUCAGUAUAUAAUCUUGUGUGUUCUUUAUGAUGUGUAUAUACAUUUCUCAUAUAUCCUGUCAGUAAUGUCACACUGGGAUGUCUUUUUUAAAGUUUUAAAAAGAUUAUAGUAUAACCAGAUCAUCUGUAUUAUGAAUCUCUUAAUAAAGAGUCUUAAAA